CAUGGGGGCGAGUGCGAGUGUCGUCGACUACGCGGCUUCGCGUCCGGCCCGGUGAUCGCGCGGCGACCGCGCGGAGCAAGCAAUUGUAUUCGGAGCACACGCGGAUUCCACUCCGAUUCCGCACCUGUCGGCGAGUGCCGUUGGCUCCUGUCGAGCGGCGAUCAUGUCGCUACCCCGCGGCGUCGGCCUCGGUGUGGACGUGGGUCAACUGAUGCAGCACCAGCAGCAGCAACAGCAACAUCACGUGCUGCCGGCCGCGUUCUUCCUGCGCGCCAGUGCCGAGAGGUAUCAACGGACCCCCAAGUGUGCACGAUGCCGUAAUCACGGAGUCGUGUCCGCGCUCAAGGGGCACAAGCGCUACUGCCGAUGGCGGGAUUGCGUGUGUGCCAAGUGCACCCUUAUCGCCGAGAGGCAACGCGUCAUGGCCGCUCAGGUCGCGCUCAGGCGGCAACAGGCCCAGGAGGAGAGCGAGGCGCGCGAGUUGGGCCUGCAAUUGCAAUACAAUGCCGGCAGCUGCAAUACUGCCCCCGUUCUACCGGCGGCCGCCGGUGCGACGCCAGCUGGUAGUCCGCCCCCGCACCCGGCGCACGUAGCGAGUCCGACGGGUAUCGCGAUACCCGCGGCGGCCGCGGCGGCCGCCGCCGCCGCUGCCGCGCAGCACAUCCAGACGCAGCUUCAGCAUCAGCCCGCGGAAUGUGGUCUCUUACCGCGGAAGAGAUCCACCCAGGACGAGUAUCGGCAGUCCAAGGUCGAGAAGACUGACGCUGUUGUCGGCUUGAAGCGACCUAGAAUUUCGGAGAACACGACAAUCUUGUCAACGAGCGAUCCUGGCAACGAAGAUGAUCAUGAUUCCGAUUCCGGUGGCGAAUUACGACCCGAUCGUUCAUUAGUGGUGUCGACGGCGUCAGGAUUACCGGAAUCCGAAACGACGACGAGAAAGCGCAGCAAUAGCCUGAACGAUUCCGAGGAAGGCAGUCCGGAGCCGGGCUCGCAAAGUCCGACGCACACCCCGCCGUUGACACCCGCUUUGACACCGCAAAGAGAGGACACUCCGGCGCCGGAGAACCUCAGCCUACGCAAGAGUGGCAGCCCCCCGCAAACGCAACAGACUUUGCAACCAGUGGAUCUGGUUCAACCUAGGCCUAGUCCCCCGCUACCCCCAUUAGCUGCCGCAACAAUAGGCAGUGCGGUGCACUUUCCUCCUUACGCGUCUCUCUACGGGCCGACGGCGAGCUCGCUAGCAUAUUGCUCGCCGGCGCUCUAUCAGCACCAACACCAUCACCACAUACCUGAGCCGCGGGAGAUUCAGAUGCAAAUGCAAAUGCAGAAUAUCCAACAGACUUGCGGGCUGCAACUGCAGCAGCAGCAGCAACAGCAGCAGCAGCAACAACAGCAGCAACAGCAACGCUCACCGGUCGACGUUUUACUGCGUGUGUUCUCUGGAAGACGUCGCGCCGAUGUCGAAGCGCUCCUCCAUCGCUGCAAAGGCGACGUGGUAUCCGCCAUGGAGGUGCUGAUCUGCGAGGAUAAUCUGCAGCCCAAGUCGGCGUUUUCGCCGCUGGCGGGCGCCUUGGCAUCGGCUGCCGUGGCGUCCGCCGCAUCCGUCUCAGCUGCAGCUUACGCGAGCCGCGCCGCGUACUGCACCACCCCGAUACCGCCGACGCGGCAUCGGUUCCUGGCCGCGCCUUACACCGGAACCGGUUACCUGCCCACCGUCAUCAAACCGCCCAACCAGAGUCUGCAUGCCAACGGUACUGGCGACGCCUAUCGGGAGACCAGCCCCGACGAUGCCAGCGAUAAGACCAGCUAUUCCGAGUGACCUGACGAAAAUUACGCUGUCGCCUGGUCGUAUUCCUCAAUAGUCCCCUAAUGGACUAUUUCGUUCGCGCCGAAUACUAGGCGCGCCAAGUGGAAUCAUUCUUGAGGCCUCUAUGCGUCAUCAGCCGUUGAAAGCUGAUGAUCCAUCAGUUAUUCCAAAUCUUAACCGACGAUAACAGUGCAACGUUAUUAAAAUCUUACCAAGAUCGAUCGUUCGAUCGGAAAUUAUACAUUGGCGGAAUCGACAAUCUUAAUCGAGAAACCAGUUCCGAUCACCGGUGUUUACUCACAAUCCUUGUAAUCCUUCAUUACAUCUCUUGUUCGCAUCUCUCGUGAAUCUCGUUGAUGACUUUGAAUCUCUUCCGAUGAGAAUGUUAUUUGCAUAAUUUGGUUUCGAAAUACGCAGAUUAGGCGUAAUCUUUUAACGAUGAGAAAACGAAAAUACCGUAAUAGAUAUAUCCACCGAGCGAGAGAGAGAGAGAAAGAGAGAGAGAGAUUCUUUUUAAUUUUUUUCUUUGUUCCUAAAUCAUCUUUAGACUGGCUAUGAUGGAUACAUUUUAUGACUGUGAAGCCAUUCUCAUCAAUAGAAACAUUAACAAAACGUACCAUGGAAAAAAGAAACUACCAUUUUCCAAAUAAACCGACAAAAUAUUAUCUCAAGAAAAGAUACUAUCGAAGAAUUGAGUUUACUCGUUAUCGGCAUCUGCAGGCAGUAUGAAAACCUGAUUGAUAUUGACGCAAUGAAGCUCUGUUCCACUAGACAAUAAAAGAGGUAAAAAUUGUUGUCUCCAUAGGAAGAUGAGUGAGAGAGUGUCUCGAGAAUGUUAAAAUAUUGAAGCUUGAGAGUAUCUGACAAUCCGAGAGUAUCUGGUUUUAAUAUUUAUACACUUGUACAUCUCUCACGCGAAAACUGACACGAGCGCUUAAUCAGAUGUCUGCGUUAAUUAUCCGCCGACUCUAAAUCGUGAUGAAUGAUGAAUUUCGCUAUGUGACGCAACGUACAAAAGUACGAAGAGAGAAGCGCCAAAGGAUAAUUAAAUUCAUGGCUGAUUCGUUUCCAGAGUAUACUUUAUACAUGUGUAGAUAAAGACUAUGUAGACAGAUAUGUGUGUAGGUAACAAGUUUGACGAGUAUAUCAGCCAGACAAGAGGAAGGUGAAUCUGUAAAUACGACGCUAUAUAGCUAAUGAUAUUAAUCUCGAAAUUUUUGCCGGAAUAUGUUUAACAUGUUAUACGCGCGUACGUACACAUAUUACACAUACACGCACACGCAGCCACGUAUAAACACAUACAUAAAUAUUGCCUGUAAGUAUAACGCCUGCAAAAUAUCUAGAUUGGCCGCUAGCGACCGGAAACAUCACCUACCGUAGUUACCAAAUAAUAUAUUACUCGAAGAAAAGUGUAUAGAUCGCAAAUAAAUAAGAUAUUGAUACUCUA